AUGCAAUAUCAGAUUCAAUAAAUUCGUUAACAUUUCAGCUCCAUCGAUCGCAAAUUCCACCCUGUCCCUGCAUUUGUUGUGACUAGACCUUUAUUUGUAUGUCGAUCCCUUUCUCCUUCCUUUUACAAAUUACGAUCUAAGACUCUUUAUAAUCCACUCACACAUUCUUUUGUGAGAAUUAAUCCUACACCUUAAAGAGAAAAUAAAUUUACUUUUAGAGGCACAGAUAAUAAACAGUAUUAAGAAACUCCAAUAAAAGAAUUAAAUGAGAUUAAAUUAACCAAAGUACAUUCAACACAUGAAAAAAUAAUGAGUGAAUCUUAAGAAAGGUUUUAUUAGUAAAAGAGAAAAUCAAAUAGAAAUAAAAAUAGUCAAGAAAAGAUAAGUCAAUAAAAUUAAUCACCUUUGCAAUUUAAAAUGUUGGAUAUGACAAAAGUAUUAGAAAAAUAAGAUAAAUAAUAACUAUUUCCAAAGGCAAGUUCAAAACGUUAUAUGUAGACAGAAAAUUAAGGAGAUUAAACAGAUAAAAGUGAAAAUCUUUAAUAGUAUUAUGAAUAACCAAUAUCAAAAGGAGUUUUCAAUUAGAGCCGAUAAAAAAACCAAUAGAAAAUAUUAGAUAAUAAUGAUAGUAAUGAUAUUGAUUAAGAAAAAAAAGAUUUACAUGAUAUGUCUUAUCCAGAAGAUACACAAUACUAAUAAUAAUAAUAAUAAUCGAGAUUAAAAUUAUGGGCUUGCAAUCUAAAUGAUUCCUAUAGAUAAAUUAUGGGAAGAAAGAAUAAUCAUAAAAAGAGUACUAAGAAAAGUCCAACUAAAACACCAAAAUCACCAAAAAAAUAACAUAUAAUUUAUUAUAAUCAGAUCUAUUUAUAUAAGCCAAGAGAAAAUAAUAAAUAAAAUAGCUCUAAAUUGUCUUAUAAUUCUUCAUAAAAAUAGAUUAGUCCUAAAAAAUAAAGUAAAUAAAUUUCAUAUAUUCUUACAACUCCUACUAAGAGAAAUACAAGAGUAAUAUAAUAAUCAAAUGAAGAUGAUGAAAUUGAAAUCAUUAAUUUAGCUCCAGAAUUUUCUAAAUUAAUUUGA